CGCUGCGGUGCCGUCAGUGCUGCCCACUUCCGGUCGUCUCUAUCCCUCUUCUACCGUCGUCCUUACGUUCGGCGCUGAUCUCCGAUCAGUUAUCACUUCAUUUAUCCCCAUCUCCAAAAAAAAAAAAAAUCCCUAAAAAAGUUAGAAAAAUCUCCCAAAAUCCCCCCAUUUUGAUUUCUAGGGUUCCGUUUUAAGGGCCGAGUGAGAUUACAAAAAGGGGAAGCAAUCGCUGUGGAAUUUGCAGAAUGGCACAGGUUCAGGUCCAGGCACAGGCUCAGCCUCCAGUUUCUGCUGCAAAUGGAGGGGCUAGCAAUGGUGGUGGAAACCAGUUCGUGUCGACGUCGCUAUACGUUGGUGACCUAGAAUCAAGCGUCACCGACUCGCAUCUCUAUGAUUUGUUUGGUCAGCUGGGUCCGGUGGUGUCCGUUCGUGUCUGCAGGGACUUGAGUACCCGGCGGUCUCUUGGUUACGGUUAUGUCAACUAUGGCAACACCCAAGAUGCUGCUCGGGCAUUGGAUAUGUUGAACUUCACUCCUCUCAAUGGGAAGCCAAUUAGGAUUAUGUAUUCUUUUCGAGAUCCUAGUAUUCGUAGAAGUGGGACCGCUAAUAUUUUUAUCAAGAAUUUGGAUAAGGCAAUUGACAACAAAGCACUCUAUGAUACAUUUUCUACAUUUGGGGCUAUUCUAUCAUGCAAGAUAGCUACUGACGCAUCUGGUCAGUCAAAAGGAUAUGGUUUUGUACAAUUUGAUAAUGAGGAGUCUGCUAAAAAUGCUACAGACAAGCUGAAUGGCAUGUUACUGAAUGAUAAACAAGUUUAUGUUGGACCCUUUGUACGUAAACAGGAAAGGGAGUCUGCUACAAAUAAGACAAAAUUCAACAAUGUCUAUGUAAAGAAUUUGCUAGAAUCAACAACUGAUGAAGAUCUGAAGAAUAUAUUUGGUGAAUAUGGACCGAUUACUAGUGCUGUAGUGAUGCAAGAUGGAGAUGGAAAAUCUAAAUGCUUUGGAUUUGUGAACUUUGAGAAUGCAGAUGAUGCUGCUCGAUCUGUCGAGGCUCUCAAUGGAAAGAAGUUUGAUGAUAAAGAGUGGUAUGUUGGGAAAGCCCAGAAAAAAACUGAAAGAGAGGUUGAACUGAAAGGACGGUUUGAGCAGAGUUUGAAGGAGGCUGUAGACAAAUUUCAAGGACUGAAUUUAUAUGUAAAAAACCUAGAUGAUAGCAUUGCUGAUGAUAAAUUAAGGGAAUUAUUCUCAGAAUUUGGGACUAUUACUUCAUGCAAGGUUAUGCGUGACCCUAAUGGUAUUAGUAGAGGAUCGGGUUUUGUUGCCUUCUCGACUGCAGAAGAAGCAUCCCGAGCGCUUGCGGACAUGAAUGGUAAAAUGGUUGCUAGCAAACCCCUUUAUGUUGCACUUGCACAGCGGAAAGAAGAUAGGAGAGCAAGGUUGCAGGCACAAUUUUCACAAAUGCGUCCAGCUGCAAUGGCACCUUCGGUAGGCCCUCGAAUGUCCAUGUAUCCCCCUGGUGCUCCAGGUCUUGGACAACAACUGUUCUAUGGUCAAGGCCCCCCAGCUCUUAUCCCUCCCCAACCUGGAUUUGGGUACCAGCACCAACUAGUUCCUGGGAUGAGACCUGCUGCAGCUCCCAUGCCAAAUUUCUUUGUUCCUAUGGUUCAGCCGGGUCAGCCAAAUCAGCGGCCAGGAGGUCGUCGUUCUGGAACAGGGCCAGUGCAACAAACCCAGCAACCACUACCACUAAUGCAGCAGCAGAUGCUACCCAGGGGACGUGUCUACCGUUAUCCCCCUGGACGUAACAUGGCUGAUGUUCCCAUUCCUGGUGUUCCUGGAGGCAUGCUUUCUGCUCCUUAUGACAUGGCUGGAAUGCCAUUCCGUGAUGCUGCAGUCUCACAACCUAUGCCGAUUGGGGCACUGGCUACUGCCCUUGCAAAUGCACCACCUGAUCAGCAGAGGACAUUGUUGGGUGAGAAUCUGUACCCACUUGUGGAUCAGCUGGAACAUGAAAUGGCAGCUAAGGUGACAGGCAUGCUACUAGAGAUGGACCAGACUGAGGUUUUGCAUUUGCUAGAAUCACCGGAAGCUUUAAAAGCAAAAGUUGCUGAGGCUAUGGAAGUUCUGAGGAAUGUUGCUCAGCAACAGGCGAACAACCCAACGGAUCGAAUGGCCUCACUGUCGCUAAAUGACACUCUUACUUCCUGAAUUUGCUUGCAACAGUCUGGGCAUGACCAUUAGGAGCAUACUUUCUGGUGUGGCUUCCUAACUUCAAACGAAAGUUUUGGUGUGGCUUCUAUUAAGUUUAAUCUGAGUUGCUUUAAAGAGAGGAAGUUGAUACUUGACUGAGAUUUUUAUUUAUUUAAUUUUUCUUUUAGGACUUGAAAAAUUACUCGCCCUUGAUACCUGGUUUGUGUGCUUCUUUAUUGUCUUCUCCAUUUAAGUAAUCCUAUGAAUGCUUGCUAUAUGUUUAUCUA